AUGGAACGCUUCAUGUCAAAGGGGAGCGGCGUCAUGUCGAAAGACUACUUCCGACAACGUGGCGCCACCGUUGGCCCAGCACCUACAAAGAGUGAGGAGCCUAUGACCGCCCCCACCGUCUCUGCAUCUGCAUCUGCCUCGUCCCUGUCUGUCCCCGACAGCGGCGUCGGCAAAUCGCUGCUGAUGUUCAAUGGGGCCGGGAGCCGCAAGGCCAGCCUCGGCGUUGGGUCGCAGAUCAUGUCCAAGAACCACUUCCGAACUCUACGCCCCCCGAAGAGCAAAGGAAUCGAUGGCGAGGGCAACGGCGAGCCCCCAGCCCCGACAAGGAUGCCCUCUCCUCCCACCCUCCGAAGGGCAGACACAUGGGCAGGCUCCACCGACGAGCUGCCAGCGCGAGGAGACCCCGUCACUCCAGUGCUGCCCGACCCCGCCACCGAGUCGGCUGGCGACCCGGGCAUCUGGUCGUCGUGCCCUGCGCUCACGCUGAUCGAAAAGCGGCGCAAGGAGGAGGAGCUGCUCGACAAGAAGCACCAGGAAGCGAUCAGUCUAUGGCGCGAGAUCGAGGGCGAGGCGUUGGACUCGCUGGUGCUCGAGGUGCCCUCCGAAGAAGAAGACGACGACGACGACUACGAGGAGGAGAAGGCCGACGCCGGGGCUGCUGCCGCUGCAGCGGCGAAGGCCGCGGAGCACCGGGACCACGACGAGCAGCAGCACAGCGCCCCUCGCCCACAGAACAGCGAUGCCGCCGCCCGGCCUUCUCCCGCUGAGCCCAGCCAGCCGGGCGGAGAAAAGAUCGGGCGGAUGCCGUCCACGAUGGGCGACGAGGAGCAGGACAUCUCCGACAUGACCGAGAGCAACGGCGUGUCCGAGCGAGAGGACAACGGCGCCGGCGAGCGUGUGUCGAAGCGCGGCAAUACCAAAACCAACAACAACCACCACAUCAACCCCGACACCGAUUCGCCGUCGAACUCGUCGUCGGUGUCGUUGUCGUUCGUGCCGCCGAAGCCGAGCAAAGUGAGCGAGGCGUCGAAGAGCGUCGGCGCGCUGCCCGUGCGGCGCGGCACGUCAGCGCUGCCGCCGGCCCGGAGCCGGAAGGAGCAGAAGAAGCUGAAGCGGGCCAGCGUGCUGGGCGUGGCCAAGGAGAGCGCGCGCGCCGGGAUCGACGAUGACGACGACGAUGAUGACGUCAGCGACGACGACGCCAAGCAGAGCCAGGCGACGCCCCGGCCGCUCAAGAAGCCCGGCCUGUACGUGGGCCGGUUCUAUUCGUCGCUCCGACGCCGGGCGCCGCUCGUGCACCAGGGCCGCACCACCGCAGCGACGGCGGCCGAGUCCGAGUCCGAGUCGGACGACAAGUCGUCGUCGUCGUCGUCGGCCAAGGCGGAGAAGAAGCGGGAGAAGGCCGAGAAGAAGCGGAAGCAGAAGGCCGAGAAGAAGCGGGAGAAGAAGGGCGCGCACGAGAAGGGGGGCGACAACGGCAACGAACAGGGGGACGAGGACGAGGACGACGCGCACCUGGACCGGCGCGGCACGAUGCCCAAGAACUUCAAGAUGCACUUCAUGGAGAAGCUGAAGGGCGGCGGCGAGACAACGGGCGACGAGAAGGACGACCAUCAUCAGUCCUCCAACGAGAAGAGGAACAAGGACAAGAAGAAGGGCAAGAACAAGCACAACAACAAGCAGCGCACCAGCGACCACAGUAAGGAGGCGGUGCGCCGGCAGUCGAGCGCCACCGACGCGCGCAGGGGCUCGGGCGCGUCGGUUCUCAGCUACAGCGAGCCGGAGCCCGACACGAGCGGUAAGGACCGAAUCAACGGAGGAGCGUUCAACGGAGGAGCCGAGAGCUCCGAUGGCAGCAGCAGCAGUGGCGGGGAGCUGAAGAAGAAGCUGAAGAAGGCGCAGAGGAAGAACAAGGCCCAGGAGGAGAAGAUCCGGAAGCAGCAGAACGAACUCGAGCGCAUGCGGAAGGAGCUGGAGCGGGUGCGACGGCAGCGAAAAGAACGAAGACGAAAGGAGACGGAGGGCGAGAAAGAGAAGGAGAAGGAGAAAGAGAAGAAGGGGAAGAAGGGAAUGGCGAACGAGGCCGAGGGCAGCAGCGCCGGGCGGGAGGAGAAGCGAAAGGCCGCGGCCAAGAAGGAGAGCGAAGACGAGGAGAGCGGCAGCAAGGGCAACAACAAGAAUCCCAACAAGAAGAAGACGUGA